UUUUCCCAUCUCAGUGAGUCUGUGAGAACAGAGAGAAUCGCAUCACAGUCCUAGAAGCGAUUUGCUUUCCCGUGGUGGGAGUGCAAUAGGUCUGAUUGAAAACUAGCGGCGCUGCUGCCUCCGUGCGCUCUAGCAUAUGAGGAGAGGAGCAGUUUUCCGUGUGUUUGCACGGUGUCUGUCUACCCGUAGUUACGCUGCAAUGGGACCUUAAAACCAUCUAACUGACACUAUUUUAAACAGGAGCGGAGGGUAAAUAUAAACAAAACACGGAGAAGAUAGCAGUACGCGAACUCGCCAUGGAGAAGCGCAGAGGAGGAGGAAUAUAACGUGGACAACUGACAAAGAACUUGAAGGAUUUACCACUUGUUUUGAACAUUGACUUUAAAAGGGAUAGCAAUUCCGGAUUUUUCUGAUAACUUGUGCUGAACAUUAGUCUACACGUCGUUGCCAUGAAUGGAAAGGGGAAUUAUACGGGAUGCUGGAGACUGCCAGUGCUCGGUUUCGUUGUGAUUCUGCACUUGAUUCCAUUGUUUGCACAUGGGAAUUCCAUUGGAGGAAAUGUGACCGAGUCACCGGAUAAUGCUGUGAACGUGACCUCACUGCCCGGCGGGGAAGAGGGCGAGAAGAUGUUGGAUCUCACCAAGGUGGUCAAUGGCGAGAGCCAGAGGGCCGGACGCAAGCCACGAGACGGAGAGGACGCGGGGAGUGGCAUGAUGGGUGGCGAAGGGUUCCCUGUGGUCGGCGAGGAGGAGGCCGGAGCCGGGGGCCGCCACUCACUCAGUCCGGACUCGGCCGAGACGGAUCACCUGCUGCCCCAGGCCCCUGGAAACACCCAGCAGGAGGAAGAGGAGGAUGAUAGUCGCAAGCUGCCCCUGCCCACUGACCUGCCCUGGCAGAACGCCAAGGGUGGCCUGGAGACCACGGUGUUCGACCUGGACCGGGAGUUCACCCCCACCACCACCCAGUCGCCCAUCGUGCGCAUCUCCAACUCCGACACCCUCACGGUGGACUUCGUGGACUCCGACUCGCGUGACCUCGAGACGCCCGCCCCGUCCGCCCACGAGCUGCAGGGCCGUGACCCCACCUCCUGGACCAUGCCUGACAACUACGACUACCUCACCCCGUACGACGACAGCAUCUCCCCCUCCCCCGAUGAGUACUCCGACACCACCACCACCGACCUCUACGACGACGACAUCACCACCACCCCGCCUCCUCGCCCCUACCGACCCCGCAUCCCCAUCCCCGGCCUGCUGGCCCCUGACGGCCCCCUCACGAGCGGCGGCGGUGGAGUCGAGGACCCAGCGCCUCCCCCAGGUGUUGACAAUGACGGCGCCAGUGGGUCCAACUGCCCCAACGGAAGCUGCAAGACGCCCUGCGAUCAGCUCCCCAACUACUGCUUCAACGGAGGCCAGUGCUUCUUCUCUGAUGGAUUGGGACCCUUUUGCAGGUGCAACGUGCAGGAGUACGUGUGGAACAAGGGCGCACGUUGCGAGUCGGUCAUCACGGAGUUCCAGGUGAUGUGCAUCGCCAUCGGCGCCUCGGCCGUCAUGCUCCUGCUGCUCUUCAUGAUCGUCGUCUGCUUCGCCAAGCAGCUGCACGUCCUCAAGACCGAGAACAACAAGCUGCGCAAGCGCAGCAGUAAGUACCGUCCCUCCUCGGAGCAGCACAAUGAUAAUUUCUCGUUGUCCACCAUCGCUGAGGGCUCCCACCCAAAUGUAAGGAAAUUGUGCGACACCCCUCCUAACCUUCCUCAUGCCCGUGCUUUGGCUUACUAUGAUAACAUUAUCUGUCAGGAUGAUCCUCAUGCCCAGAACAAGCUGGAGGACCCCGUGAAGGCCCCCCCUCCCAAGGAGGACGAAUCGCUCAACAUCCAGAACUCUCUCACCCCCAAGCAAGAGAACCACAAGGGUCUCGGCGACGAGAACUCCUCGGAGGUAAACUCGCUGCAGAACAACAUGAUGUAGAGCAGAAAAAAUAAAGCAAAACGAAAAUCAACAACAACUACAACAACAACAGCACUCAACCACUGCCACCCCAAUUCUCAGACAAAAAACCCCACCCACCCCCCACAUCCUCCACCCCCAACAACAACUACAGCAACUACAACCAGCCACAAACAAACGACACUGCAGCUACUGUUACCAACACCAACACCUCAGUAAUGCUACUACACCCUUCAAACUUUCAACCGCCAGACCCCCAACCCCUCGCCCCCUGGCCCUUUGACCCUCACUCAGACUCUGCAUCGCAGCCCCCCCACCCCCCACCCCUUGUUGUAGUCUCUUAUUUUGAUCCUGUAGUCCAGUCUUUAACCCCACCUUUACACACAUAUACGCAUCAUUACACAAACACCCAGACACACACACACACACACACACACACACACACACACACACACACACACACACACCUUCCCCUGCCUUACUGAAUACUGGCAUGCGUUGGUGUAUUUUGUAAAAAGUUAAACAAAAAAAAACUACAUAUAUACGGGGUUUAAAAUAAAACAUUGUCAUAAAUAGGAAAAAAAGAAAAAAGCUACUGAGAGGUUUUGAUGUUUGUCUGACUAAUUCAGUGAGUAUGUAUAAAUAUAUGGAAAAAAAAAAUGCUUGGAUUGAUAUUAAGGUUAAAAAACACAAUGUGUCUUCGUUUUCAUUGAUGUGAUUUCUAAUCCUUUGAUGUACUUGUUUUAUUUUGUACUUUUUUGGGAAAACCGACUUCAAAGAGAAAAAUCAGUCCAUUGUUGAAAUAAACCUUUUUAACAUUAAAA